GUGUACUUCAGUGUCUGUUCUGUGCAGUCGUUUAUCAGACGUUAAUGAGUGAUAGUGCAUCAUAAAAUUGACCAACAAAAUCCGUGAAAUUUUUAUUAAUUUAUUGGCAAAGAAAAGUGCAAACAACCACAGUGCAGCUAUUUCAAUAACGCUGAGUAACAAAAUGCUGAGUAAAAGUCGAAAAACAAUCACUGCACGAUUGAACAAUGGACAGGUUUCGGAUUUUGAGUAAUCCAGCUAGCAGACUCAUCUUAGCUCGAAAUUUUAGUGCCGGAAAGGAUGGAAAAGGCAACAAUGAUCCCACAGGAAAGAACAUUGAACUGCCUCCCGAGCCAACGACCUGUUGCAUGUCCGGGUGUCAAAACUGCGUUUGGAUCCAGUACGCCAACGAGCUGACCAAACUGUUGGACGAUGGAGGCGAACAGGCGCGGGAAAUUGUGCUGCAGAAGAUUACCGAUCCAAGCCUGAAAAUGUUCCUCAGGAUGGAGCUGCAAAACUUGCACAGCGUGAAAAAGGAACCGCCCUCGGAAUGAUUCAGGCUGGAUGUGAUCGUGUUCCCUAAUAAGUAGCUCAAUUGGCAAAUCUAGUUAUUUUAUUAAUUUUAAAAGUAGUGUUAAUAAUGAUGUUACAAUGUUUUUAUGUAUAUGAAUACACACGAGUUUGUUGUCAUGAUAGCCGAGUGAUGUGAAACAACUUUGGGACGCAA